AUGAGAAAGGGCCAAGCAGGAGAGAGGAAAGGAAAGAGAAUGACCAGAAAAACAGUCGUGGCCUUCCAAUGGGGGGGGACCAAAAACACUGUGGGGUGCAAAAUGACCCUUAAGGAGAAAACAGAGGAGAAUGAAUCCUGGAGUCUGACGGAAAAGGACACCCCCAGUGCAGGGGGGCAUACAAUAGACCUACAGGAACCAAGAAUGAUAUACAGGCAAGAAAGAAACCUAAAAACCCCCAAUGCCCGAAAGAAUCAGGAAUCCAAUAAGAAGACAACAGCGAUUGAAUAA